GCGGCCGGCGGAGCUCCAGCACGGCCGCCGUGGUUGUUGCAUUGUGCGGUGCAGGUUCGGUGGCGCGCCACGUUAUUAAUAAUGACCCACAGCACGGAAGCUAUCCGCACGGGUCUACCCCACAGCGACCGCUGCAACCACCACUGCCUCGCCGGGAGCAGGUAGCAGGUGUUGGAUUCCAUCGCGUCCUCGUCGGCGAUGCCGACCUCCGGCGACCACUCCGGCGCCCGGCCGCACGUCGUCCUUCUCCCGAGCGCCGGCAUGGGCCACCUGGUCCCGUUCGGCCGCCUGGCCGUCGCGCUGUCGGCGGGCCACGGCUGCGACGUCUCCGUCGCCGCGGUGCUCCCCACCGUGUCCUCCGCGGAGGCCAGGCACCUCGAGGCGCUCUUCGCCGCGGCGGACCCGGCCGUGCGCCGCCUCGACUUCCGCCUGGCGCCGUUCGACGCGUCCGAGUUCCCCGGCGCCGACCCCUUCUUCCUCCGCUUCGAGGCCAUGCGCCGCUCCGCGCCGCUGCUGGGACCGCUCCUCGCCACCGCCGGCGCGUCCGCGGUCGUCACGGACAUCGUGCUGGCCUCCGUCGUCCUGCCUGUCGCUAGGGAGUGCGGCGUCCCGUGCUACGUCCUGUUCACUGCCUCCGCCGCGAUGCUCGCCUUCUGCGCCCACUUCCCCGGCUACCUGGACGCCAACUCCGCCGCCGGCCGCGCGGGCGUCGUCGGGGACGUCGACAUUCCCGGCGUGUACCGGAUCCCCAAGUCCUCCGUACCGCAGGCACUGCACGACCCGAAGCACCUCUUCACCCAGCAGUUCGUGGCGAACGGACGCGGCCUCGUCGACGCCGACGGCAUCCUUGUCAACACGUUCGACGCCUUGGAGCCGGAGGCCGUCACGGCCCUGCGGAAAGGCAAGGUUGUCUCCAGCUUCCCGCUCGUGUUCGCCGUGGGGCCGCUUCUCCCGGUGAUGUUUCCGGCGAAAGAUCCUGCCGGUUACAUGCAGUGGCUGGACGCGCAGCCUGCGCGGUCGGUGGUGUACGUGAGCUUCGGCAGCCGCACGGCCAUCUCGCCGGACCAGCUCCUGGAGCUCGCAGCGGGGCUCGAGGCCAGCGGCCACCGGUUCCUGUGGGUGGUGAAGAGCACAGUCGUGGACAGGGACGACGCCGGCGAGCUCGGCGACCUGCUCGGCCACGGGUUCCUGGAGCGGGUGCGGGGGCGCGCCCUCGUGACCAAGGGGUGGGUGGAGCAGGAGGAGAUCCUGCAGCACGGGUCCGUCGGCCUGUUCGUCAGCCACUGCGGGUGGAACUCAGUGACGGAGGCGGCGGCGUUCGGCGUGCCGGUGCUGGCGUGGCCGCGGUUCGGCGACCAGCGCAUCAACGCCGCCGUGGUGACGCGCGGCGGGCUGGGCGCGUGGGAGGAGCGGUGGAGCUGGGACGGGGAGGAAGGGUUGGUCAGCGGGGAGGAAGUCGGGGAGAAGAUCAAAGCCGUGAUGGCGGACGAGACGGUGGCGAAGAAGGCAGCAGCGGUCGGCGACGCCGCGGCGGCGGCGGCCACGUCCAAGGGCGGCACGAGCUACCGGAGCUUGGCAGAGUUCGUUGGGCGGUGCCGUGACGCGGGCAGUAGGCAAGACCGAUGAUGCCGAGCAGCAGUGAAAUAAAGAUGCUUGCUUCUUGUGAAUUUUUUUUUUUAUUUAUUUUUGUUUUUUGUUUCCUGAGCCCUGCUGAUGUCCCCUGUAUGCACUGUGGAGAGUGGGGAGUGCCGUCGUGUACAUAACAAGCAGAGGAAAUGUUUGGUGCAAGCUACUUCUUUUGAAAAUGUGAAAUCCUCCUAAGAAAUCAUACUUCAAACUUUCAAGUAUUCAAAAGAGAA